AUGCCUCAAGCACAGCCAGAACUCAAGAAGUACCUCGAGAAGCGCGUUCUCGUCCAGCUCAAUGGCAGCCGUAAAGUCAUGGGUAUUCUCCGCGGUUACGACGUCUACCUAAACAUUGUACUCGAUGAGGCGCUAGAGGAGAAGGCUGGCGGCGAGAAGGUGCGCAUCGGCAUGGUCGUCAUCAGAGGAAAUGCCGUGGUCAUGCUUGAAGCGCUUGACCGCAUCAACCAGGACGUACCCAAGAUCGGACGAUAG